AACUACAAAACCUGUUUUCAACUGCUUGGUCAGAUUGAGUCUCACCUUCGCAAACUUUUAAAAGGGAGAUAUUUGUGCUUAAAAAAUUAUAACAAUAAUUACAUAAAUUAUUGGUCUUGCAUUUAGGAGACAACCAGAGGAGAAUCGUACCUGACUAUUAAUUCACUUAAAAAAAAAAAGAAAACAUGAGUUUUAUUCCUCUCGUCCUACUUUUAUUUGGAUUGAGCUCAACGCUGGCACAGACUACAACGCCACCUCCAAGCUGUGAAAGCAAGAAUAGCACAAGCUGUGAAGAUUGCUUGUCAACUGUGGAUUGUCUGUGGUGCAUCCAAACUAAACGAUGUAUAACAUACCCUUCCAAAACCAUCUUGCCCCCACAAUCCCUCUGCCCACUGAGUGAAGCUCGCUGGGGCCUUUGCUCAAUGAACUUCCAGAUUUUGAUCAUUACGUUGUCGGUGGCUGGUGCACUCCUCAUCAUUGGUCUUUUGGUGUGUAUCUUCUGUUGCUGCAAGUGUGAGAACAUUGGAUCCAGUCGAUUUGAGAACAGGAUGAACCGGCAGAAAGACAAAAGGAAAACAAAACAAGAGGCAAGAAAAGCCGAGUUGAAGAUCAGACAUGAUGAGAUACGGCAAAAAUAUGGUCUCAGCAGGGCAAGCCCUUAUGCCAGAUUUGAGAAUCCCAACUAAAAUUAUGGGUGCUUUGUUUUAUAGUUUGAUACUAUGGUUUCCAUGCCAACAGGAAUUAAAACCGAUAAACACCAACGUGAAUCAAAUUAGUGAUUUUUUUCAGUUGCAACCUCUUCUGUUUAGUGUAUAUAUGCAUAUAUAUAUAUAUCUGAUUAUUUCCACUGUCCAGUAUAUUUUUUCAGGUACCUUCUAAAAUGAUUUUUACUUUUUUCACUUAAUUUACUGAAAAACUGCCUGUAUGUAUUUAUUUUUGUUAAUUAAACUUAUGUGUUUUAAAGUUGUAAGAAACACAAUUUAGUCAGAUACUGAUAAGGAUUAUAUGCUGACACAGGACAUGGCCCAUACUGAAUGGGGUCAGGAUCUGGGGACUGAUAUGGCAGUGGCAUUUACGUUAUCAUUCUAAUGCUGAUUAGACUGUUCAGUGGCCAUUCAUGACAUGUGAAUGAUCGCAAUGUCAUCCUAAGAAGAAUGAAAUAAAAGAAUGUCCCAUCAUUUUAUAAAAGUAGUUGCUAAAUAAGUCUUUGUAGUCAGUGGUGUUGUAUUUUACCCUAUAAGGGGUUCACUGAAACCUAAACUAUUCUAGGAGAAUGUAACUCACUCUCAGUCAUCUGAAACAUCUUCCACUGGUUUUGAACAGCGCGAAAAGAUGACUCAUUAGUCCAUGACUGUUUUCCACCGCCUAGACCACUUUUGUGUAACUGCCUUUUCAUGCCAUGUAUUAAUACUUUCAAUAAAAUAUUUCAG